AUGGAUCCGCUCUCUAUAUCAGCAAGCGUAGCCGGUCUCACAGCAAGCUGCGUGCAAACCGCCAAAGCCCUGCACGACCUGAAGGAUAAAUUCGACAAUGCAAACCUUACCAUCUCCGCAAUAUGCACCGAAACAACACUCAUCUCUGCAUCCAUGACCCAUAUCCAGAGUCAUCUGCUGCGAGACCCGAAGUCUGUGUCGGAUAAGCUGCAUAGCCAGCCUAGUCUCGAAUCGACCCUAGACCAGGCCCUCACAGGAUGCUAUCUGGUGUUCGAUGUGCUGCAAAGCGAAGUCUCGAAGCUGACGGAAUCAGCACUGCCGGAGACUUCGAUAGACCUGCGCUUUACUGCGAAAGUGCGGUAUAUGUGGAGCGAAAGCACAAUGAAGGAUAUCCUGAACCAGAUGCGCGGCCUGCAGACGGCACUUACCUUGCUGCUGCAGUUAUUAGGAGUUGACACGAUAGCUGAGCUCAAGCAAAUGAUGGACCAGAACAUGACGAUUCUCGGUGAAGUAGCCCAGCAUACGUCGCGCAUCUCUUCGUCUGCCAACAAGGCCCCGCGAGCACCGAGGUCUAUCUAUGACAUGUCCUUUAAAACUUUCAGCAUUUCGGACGGUGGGUCCUCGCUGUAUAGCUCCAAGUUGUUUGAAUUCGAUGACGAGGUCGUCAACUCGGCUGUGUAUCGCCAGACUCUGGCAAAGGCAUAUGCCCGGGAGAGAACGAAUCAAGAAAACACGAAGGCAGGUGAGGUCUCUGAAGGGGCAAAUGGACAGACAACGUCAGGAGCGUCGACCCCAAUCCCUGCUAAGCUAGCUAAUGGAGAAGACGAGGGAAAGAGAACUACGGCUAGCCUCAGUAUGUUCACAACUGAUCCAUUGAAGGAAUUCCUGCACAGCGGCGACAACGUUGCAUGGGGAGAUUGGUGGGCGCUCAAGCCAGAGGACCUGGCUCCUGUCCCCAACAACGAAGUCAACCGCCAGAACGUCCUCCACGAGAUAGUAACGACAGAGGAGUCAUUUCUCAGGUCUACCCAGGUUAUGUAUUAUCUUUACUACCAUCGCCUUGCACUCCACCCGACCACGAUUGUAUCCAGCGGGUCAAACCAGGAGUUCGCCGAAAAAUACUUUGGCUUCCACGAGCGGUUUUAUCGUUUGCAUAAGACAUUCUUAUACGACCCGCUGGUUGAGAGGCAAAAGGCAGAGGGGCCGUGGGUUUCUAACUAUGCUGAUAUCUUUCGAGAAUGGCUUCUCGAAGCCACUCCAAUCUACCUGAAAUUCAGUGCCCUCUAUCCACGCCUGCACUCUGCAGUCCAAACUGAAGCUUCUGAUGCGAGCUUCGCUACAUUCCUAACCCAGUCAAUGGAUCACAAAGCCAGCGUACGACUCGCGUGGUCGACAUACAUGAAAGCCCCGAUAACUCGCAUCCAAAGAUACACGCUGCUCCUCCGCGUCGUCCUGAGAAGCAGCGACCCAGACAAUGAGCGCCACGGGUACGACGCCACGGAGGAGGCAAUCAAUGAUAUCAGGGAGCUUGUCCAGAAGUGCGAGACCGAGAUCGCCAAAGCCGAGAACAACGUGCGAGUGAACAGAUUGAGCGCGCAGCUGGGGCCUACACUCAGCAACAAUGUUAUCUCGCUCUCGCCCGAUACAAGCAUCCUGUUCGACGAGUUCCUGGGGCAGCGAAAACGUGGACUUAGUCGAGAUUCUCUGUUCAGACUUGUUGUUAUCGCUUCUCCCCAUAUUCUCCCCCGUUUACUUGUUCUAUAUCCUCUCCCCCAGUCGAAGCACAGUACCGAUGGCGCAGGAUCGUACGGGUUGGCGAAGCAGGUCAGUCGGGAUUAUAAAGCGCUACCAGUGACGUUCAGCUAA